AUGAACCCGUUCCGCACAUCUGUGGGGGCUGCUAGGCUGUUCACGUCUUCAGCGGCUUCUUUGAAGGAAACGCUUCAAAAAAUCACCAGAUACGCUAGGAAGAAGGACCAUACGGUAUACCGUGAGGGUGACUUGCGUCCAUCAAGAAAUGUGCCUCGUUACAAGAAGCUCUAUCCCGAAUACGACUACGAAACGAUGUUCUUCAAAAGACAAAACAGAGGGCUCUUUGCUGGUUUGCAAAGAAGGUCCCACAGAUACGAGACGGAAAGUAAAGUCAAGACACUCAUUCAUCAGGUUCCCAACGUGGUAAAGGCCAAACUAUGGUCAGAGACGUUGAGACGUAGAAUUCCAACGAGAAUUACCACCACAGCAUUGAGAACGAUAACAAAAGAAGGUGGGUUAGACAACUACUUGCUCAAGCUGACAUCUCUGAGGAUCAAGACGAUGGGGUUGAAGGGAUGGAGAUUGAGGUACGAUAUCUUGAAGCGAAAGGAGAUCGAGGAGAACUCUCAGGGGCUCAAUGAAACCGUUUAUCACAUUUCAAAGUCAGGCAAGAAAAUCAUCGUGGGCAGAAACAGGCUUCUCCAAUUAUUGUACCCUUACGUCUACAGAGACAGCUACGAGCCUAUUGCAUGGAACGACUUCCUCAAGAACCACACUGUGUUGACCACCGAGGAGCUUGUGGAGAAAUUGGAACGCUACAACCACGAUUUUUCGGAAAUCACCGUUUGA